AAAGGGUGGAGAUACGAUACCGGAGACAGAAAGGCUUCGUGUACAAAGUGUCCGGGCCAUCAGCUGUUCAGCUGCUCCAUCAUUAUGUUAUCUGAAGGUAUUUUAAGUUCAAGUGGGGUCCACUGAGUCGCCGUCAAGGUGACAAACUGCCGUUAAAUCGUCACCAAUUCUGACGGAACCCUUCAGCUGCGUGCCUCAUUUCUACACGGAAUACUGUCAGGUCGGGACCGUAAAUACACCGUCGUAUCUGUUUCUGCAGUCCGGCAGAGGGAAACGAUGGAGAUUUAUUAAAAAUAUCACCAUUUCAAUGAAAAAAAUCGGCAUUUUCACUGGACGUGAAAGCAGCGGCGUUAAGUUUGGUGGUUCAGGUGUCAAAGUGUGAAUAACUUCAGUGAUGGAGUCGUGUCGGCAGGCAGGACUCAGCGGGGUCCUAUGCUCCCUGUCGCUGCUGUGUGUCAUUCUGGAUAUCCAGCUGGACGGGGUCUUGGGGGCAACUCAUGUCGAGAUCGAGCACCACUUGGAGAUGGGCCGCAAACUUUUGGCUGCUGGUCAGCUGGCUGAAGCCUUGUCCCACUACCACUCUGCUGUGGAGGGAGACUCUAAGAAUUACCUGACCUACUACAAGCGAGCUGCGGUGUUCCUGGCUAUGGGAAAAUCCAAAUCCGCCCUGCCGGACCUGACCAGAGCCAUUCAGCUCAAGCCUGACUUCCUGGCUGCAAGGUUGCAGAGGGGCAACAUCCUGUUAAAGCAGGGCAACACACAGGAGGCCAGGGAGGACUUUGAAGCAGUGCUGCAGCGCUCCCCAGACCACGAAGAAGCUCAGGACCAGCUGAUGAGAGCAAAUGAGCUAGAGGUGCUGCAGGAGGAGGCCCAUGCUGCGUACCACCAAGGGGACUACAGCGCUACCAUCUCUGUGCUAGAGAGAGUCAUUGAGAUCUCUCCCUGGGACCCUGAGUCACGGGAGCUUCGUGCAGAAUGUUACAUCCGAAUGGGGGAUCCACAGAAAGCCAUCCAGGACCUGACCCCGACCACGAGGCUACGAAACGACAACCGUGCGGCCUUCCUGAAGCUCAGCAUGCUGCACUAUGGCCUCGGAGAACACCACGAGUCACUCAAUCACAUCAGAGAGUGUCUGAAGCUGGACCAGGAUGACAAAGAGUGUUUCAGCCACUACAAGCAGGUGAAAAAGCUCAGCAAGCAGCUGGACUCAGCAGAAGAGCUAAUUCACAUGGAGAGGUAUGAGGAAGCCAUUGAAAAGUAUGAAUCAGUGAUGAAGACAGAGCCGAAUGUCCCGUACUACACCAACCUGGCCAAAGAGAGGAUCUGCUUCUGCUUCGUCAAGCUAAAGUUGGCUCAUGAGGCGAUAGACGUGUGUUCAGAGGCUCACCAGAGAGACCCCCGGAACGCCAACAUCCUCCGAGACCGAGCGGAGGCUUACAUCCUCAACCAGGACUACGAGAAAGCCGUGGAGGAUUACCAAGAGGCAAGAGAGUUUGACGACACCCACGAUAUCAGAGAAGGGCUGGAGCGAGCACAGAAACUCCUCAAAAUCUCUCGUAAGAGGGACUAUUACAAGAUCCUCGGUGUCAGCAGGAAUGCAAAUAAGCAGGAGAUCAUCAAGGCGUACAGGAAGCUGGCACAGCAGUGGCACCCUGACAACUUCCAGUCCGAGGCUGAGAAGAAAGAAGCCGAAAAGAAGUUUAUCGACAUUGCUUCGGCUAAAGAGGUCCUCACCGACCCAGAAAUGAGGCAGAAGUUUGAUGCAGGUGAGGACCCCCUGGACCCAGAAAACCAGCAAGGUGGAGGUGGAGGACAGGCCUGGCCUUUCCACUUCGACCCCUUUCAGUCCGGCGGCAGCUUCCACUUCAAGUUCCACCAAAACUAGAGAGGAGGACUCAACCAACUCAAGGGGCGGGGGUGGGGGACACCGGGGGGAAGAUCAUCGGCGGAUUUACGGAGAAGUCUUCCUCAGAACUUGUGCUUCAGCUCGCACGAUUUUGUCGGUUACUUGAAACUUUGAUUUUUACUACAGUGAAAAAUUACCACAAAAACGAAGAACCGAACGGUGGCAACGAUUGUCGUCGUGGCUGGAGAAAAUGAAGUCUUGCGUCAACACUUCAGAUCCUUAGGAAUGGAAAGGUGGUGGGACGUUGGGGGGGUGUCACAACCCUGAUUCCAAAAAAGUUAGGACGCUGUGUAAAAUGUUAAUAAAAACAGAACGCAGUCAUUUGUAAACCAGUGUUUACAAUGGUUUUACAAAGUGCUCCUGAGCCCAGGUAGUAGCAUCCUUUUACAACCAUGUGCUCACUAAGUGAUGGACCUCGCUCCAUCCUCGCUUGUCACUGAGCCUUUCCAGGAUGCCCCUUUAAUACCCAGUCACGAUACUAUCACCUGUCACCAACUUAUUUACCUGUGGAAUGAUCCAAACAAGUGCUUUUGGGGCG